UAUAAACGCUCGCAAAGACGCGUUAUCUCUUACGAGUUUGGAACCACUCAGCAGACUAAACCAAAAUGUGGAAUAGGAGUGUAAACAUUGCUCUGUAUUUGUGCAUGCUCGAAUGUGUGUCGUAUUACACGACGUGCAAAGACGGUUGGAUUCCAUACAAGGGCUCCUGCUACCUAUUCCAUUUUGAAAGAAUGUCAUUUGCACAAGCCGAGACAUUUUGUCGAAUACACGAAAAUAGUCAUCUUGUCCACGUAGACGACGCCAUAGAAAACGAGUUUUUGAAAGACCGAAUGCGCCAGCUCGAAGAUCACAAUUGGUGGAUGGGGCUAACGGAUGAAGAUAUAGAAGGAGUCUGGCAAUGGUUCGAUACGGAAGAGAUGCCAACAUAUACAGACUUCAGGUCAGGUGAUGGAGAAACCACACCACGGAGGACUGUGUAGCGUUUGGAGGUACUAAGCAUAAUGAUUAUCACUGGGUUGAUGGCUCCUGCUCUAAUCCCUGGAAUAUGCUGUGUGAAGCCAGAGGCCAUCAAGAUGCGUCAGAAAUCGUCGGAUGAUCAAAUGCACUGACACAAACUAUUCUUAGAGUUAAAUAAAGACUGCACGACUGUUUUGGUUGCUUCGACUUGCAAUUUGUAAAAAAUAAACCAACAUUUUUAAGUCUUUGGUAAA